AUGAAAGGCCAAAAUGUUGAUUUCAAAACAGGUCUCAGCUACGCUAUGUCGUCCUCACUUGCGGCAUCAGGAAAUAUUACAGAAUCAAUCGACACCGACGAAGAUUUUAUCUCUGCCUCAUCAGAUAUAUCAGAAGAUCAAUCAGAUGAUAGAAAUACCUCAGCUACGAUAUUGAGAGAUUCUGCGGAUUUCUUGUCGAAAAUACGAUCGCUUCGCGAAUCAGACGUCCUGGUACUUCUAACUCCAACUGUAGUGCCGAUCGGUCAAGACAUCACAGACACCAGUGAUCCUUUUGAGUGUUUGGGACGGGCUCUGGCGAAGAGACACGCCAAAAUCCGGCAUAUCCCCUAUACACGAAGAAACGGUAUUACUUCAACUCAUUUAGGUUUCAUAAAAAGAAGCCAUGUCAUUAUACUUUGUUUCGUGGAUCAUCCCGAACAUCAGCAUCAGUUCGAGAUCGCAGAAGUCCUCUUUGCAGUCAGCGAUCACAAGCCUUGCCUCAUCAUGGUAUGCAGUGAUCAGGUAAAUAAGCAAGAUUCGAUUCCGUUCCCUACAGUCAUCUUAACGUCCGGAUAUACACCAGAAGAUAUGGAAGCCGCAGCUGCAGUGAUCUUUGGGGAGCGGGAACCCAGUCCUAUCAUAGGGAUAACUAGUUCUGCGUCCGGUAUGAUGGAGGUAGCUCGACCCAAGCUUUGGGCCGUUGACCAAUGGAAUGAAUCUAGAGAUGUACUGAGUGUUCUCAAGCUCUGGAGUGACAAUUUUGAUGUCCGGUUCUCCAUUGACGUUGAAGCUUUCGCGUCUCUACUUCGUCGCCCAGGUUAUGCAAGGCAUUAUGUAGUGCGGGACCCAAGAACUAGCGAAGUUUUAGGUUUCUGUGCUACAUAUCUUUCAUACGUUGAUCAAGAAGGUGAAAGACUCAUCGCAGCACUGGCGAUCAUUGUCGUAGGAAAGACGUAUCGACAACAGGGCAUUGGUCUUAGUCUUCAUAAUCAUGCUAUUGCACAGUUCAGAGGCACACGAGGCGUUAUUCGUCUUCACCUGGGGAGCAUCUUUCCAAGGCUGCUGUACGGGCCACCCCUUUCUUCGUCCGCAGAAUUGACUGCGAAUGAUGAGUGGUUCCACAGAAGAGGCUGGACACUCAACAAGGAGUUAAGAGGUCAGGGACAACGUGUGUACGAUCUGAUUCUUGAAUUCACCAAGUGGAAAUAUCAGCAAAAUCAACGACAAGAAAAAUUUAAGUAUCGGCAAAGUGUACAAGAUGAUAUGGUUGAGGUGCUUCGUUUGGUCGAGGAAGCAUCUAUUAAACAGGGUAAUAUGGGAUGGUUCGAUCAAUACUUUGCUCUAAUGAACGGACCCAACGUGAAAGACAUUAUCAUAUGUCUGGAGGGAGAUCAGAUCAUUGCAACGGCGCUCACAUACACCCCAUUCUGUGGCAGUUCCGUAUCUUCUAAUUUACCAUGGGCAGGGCGAAUUGGCCAUGAUGUUGGUGGUGUAACAUGCAUAUGUGUUUCUCCGCAGAGAAACGAGCCACUAGGCCAGGAAUUACUUGAUGCUUGUAUCAAAAAACUAUACCAGCAAGGUAUGAGGAGAAUGUUUUAUGACGGCGUAGUAAAUGAUGUAGACGAACUAAAACAACUAGGUUUUGAGGAAUGGGCAAAGUACCGCGACGUUUGGAAGGACGCUUAGGUAAACGGACUAGCCUACAGGACAAGGAGACUCUCCUCUCAUAGUGACGAGGGUUUAAUUUCUCCGACUUUUUCCCAUCAAGUCAAAGAUAACAAGAAUAACAAUUAUAGCUCCGUGUUUGUAUUACGCAUAAUCCUCAAAAUAUCAUAUCCGACACAUUGGGCAUUAAAAGGAUGACACUAGCAUGGACCUGCUGCAGAUUUGGAGCGUGUCAUACACAUGGGUGAUAGGCGAGAGCUUGGAUAAGUCAUGGAACUAUUCCUUAGCGAUCAAAGCAAAACUGUUACUCGGCUGGGUUCGUACUACACUGAGGACGGGGAUAACAUUACGUUACAAUCCAAGGACUCUCCAACAUCGACGCCCAAAAUUCUAGGUCACGUAGCACUAGUGUUUGCAAUCUUUCGAUCUGAAAUUAGACUGCAUGAACGGGGACAUCGAAACGUCGCACAAGAUUUUAGAACCUGUGUAACACGUUCAGAACGCCACGUCUGCAUGAGAUCUCCACUAAAGCCGCUCAAGAAAGUGCUGUGGUUGAUCACACUCUUUCUAGGUAUACGACCUGCCGAAAAAAGCUCCAUCGUAUCUACUGCUGCCUGACGGCUACGAUACCUUAACAAAGAGCCUUCUUGAUUUGAGCAGGUGCAUAAGAUGCGACAUAGACUUUGUGGACCGACAUUCUACGGUCUCACCUUCUCUUCUGGAUCUUGGAUGUGGCGUAAAAUUCCAGUGAUUAUGAUGAUGACUUGCUAUACCAACUGGUCUCAAGGCUCAAUGUAUGGUUACAUGUCGGGCGAGGGCAUUCCGGCUUGUCACCCGCAAUGCUUCUGGAAAUACAUAACAUCCAUGUACAAAUGUUGCGGCACUGAGAUUAAUUCUGCGCCGCAGAUCGUCAAUUCAGGUUAUAGCUCCAGCUUCUCUUCAAGCUCAAUGCUUAUGUGAACAUUUGUAUGCAUCAUCUCAUACAUGGAAUCCCAUUUUAAAGAUAUAUAGUGGAUCGCAUUUCGAGAAAAAUUUCUUCGCGUCAUUUCUCACUAUCGGCCAGUCACAACAUUUCUUUCUUAGUGGGGCUGCAUAUUUUAUUUUGAGACCCUCGCCGCCCCCAUGUUAUUGUGGUUCGAUGUUUGGUAUACCCAAGAAUUCAAACUGUA